AUGAUUACUUUCAGCACGGCGCUUCGAAGCAAGGCCGUGCCUCCUCAAACGUUGUCAAUCGUUCGACCCUUUCAAGAACCUCUAGCAAGAAUACGUAGUUGGGCGUCUCGACCACAGGCACGAAGACUGCAUCAGAAACGACGUGCAACCACCUCGUCGACUGCCCACGCAUUCAACAACAAGUUUGAGGUGAUUGAUCACCAAUACGAUGCCGUCAUUAUCGGCGCUGGGGGCGCCGGUCUACGAGCAGCAGUCGGCCUGGCCGAGUCGGGUCUCGAAACUGCCGUCGUGACCAAAUUGUUCCCUACACGUUCUCACACCGUCGCAGCCCAAGGAGGUAUCAAUGCCGCUUUGGGAAAUAUGCACGAUGAUGACUGGCGGUGGCAUAUGUACGAUACGGUAAAGGGAUCGGACUGGCUCGGCGACCAGGACGCCAUUCAUUACAUGUGCCGCGAAGCACCGCGAGCGGUCCGGGAGCUUGAGGAAUACGGCAUGCCGUUUUCUCGCACUCAAGAAGGAACCAUCUAUCAGCGGCCACUCGGUGGUCAGUCUCUGGAGUUUGGGAACGGUGGCCAAGCGCACCGAACGGCUUGCGUCGCUGAUCGGACAGGCCACUCCAUGUUGCAUACCUUGUAUGGACAAGCUUUGAAGCACGAUUGCCAGUUCCACAUAGAAUGGUUCGCUUUGGAUCUCAUCAUGGACGGCAAAGACUGUAUAGGUCUCACGGCGUUGGAUAUGGAGACAGGAACAUUGCACAGAAUUUUCGCUCGGAACACAAUCCUAGCGACCGGAGGUUAUGGACGAGCUUACUUCAGCGCCACCAGCGCCCAUACAAGCACUGGAGAUGGACUUGCCAUGGCAAGUAGGGCUGGGCUUCCUCUGCAAGACAUGGAGUUUGUGCAGUUCCACCCAAGCGGCAUAUAUGGCGCAGGGGUUCUUAUCUCAGAAGGUGCCCGUGGAGAAGGCGGGUACCUGCUGAACAGUCAGGGGGAACGCUUCAUGGAACGCUAUGCUCCCACAGCACGAGAUCUCGCAUCGAGAGAUGUAGUGAGUCGGAGUAUGAACAUGGAGAUCCGCGAGGGACGAGGCUGCGGACCGGAUCAAGACCACAUCUUCCUGCAAUUAUCUCAUCUUCCCAGGGACAUUCUAAUGGAGAGAUUACCGGGUAUUGCAGAAACUGCAAGCAUUUUCUCGGGCGUGGACAUCACGAAGGAGCCGAUCCCGGUCAUUCCGACUGUCCAUUACUGUAUGGGAGGCAUACCUACCAACUGGAAAGGCCAGGUGUUGAACGUCGACCCUGGAACCGGGAAGGAAACAAUUGUCAAUGGCUUGUAUGCGGCUGGAGAAGUUGCAUGCGUUUCUGUCCAUGGCGCUAAUCGCUUAGGGGCCAAUUCACUGCUCGACAUCGUCGUGUUCGGAAGGGCGGCCGCUGGUCAUAUCGCCGAGAAUAACGACCGUGGGAUGCCGGUCUUCAGAAAUGGCGGAACCAUUACACCAGAAACUGGAAUCAAUGGCUUCGUCGACCUUGAAAGGUUCAGGAGAGCCGAUGGAUCCAAGCUGACCGCCGAGCUCCGACUGGACAUGCAGAAAGCCAUGCAAGCGGAUGUUGCCGUUUUCAGGAACGAAGAGAGUCUGACAACUGGGCUUCAGAGAUUACAGGAGGUCGAGGCUGCAUUCAACAGUGAUGUCUGUGUCAAGGACAAAUCCCUGAUCUGGAAUUCAGACCUUGUGGAGACGCUUGAGAUGCGGAACCUGUUGACAUGUGCAUCGCAGACGGCGAAGAGUGCUUUGGACAGAAAAGAAUCGCGAGGUUCUCAUGCCAGAGAAGAUUAUCCAGAGCGUAUGGAUGAGGAAUUCAUGAAGCACAGCCUAAGCUGGCAGAAAGACGUUGGUCAAAAAGUGUCGAUGGGGUAUCGGGAUGUGGUUUUCCAGACUCUCGAUCAGAAUGAGUGCAAGACGGUGCCGGCAAAGAAGAGAACGUAUUAG